UAACAUUACCUUUCACAAGCCACAAAUGCGCAGAAGCGAGCAACGCAGGUCUUCCAUUUUUCCAGCUUCCAAUGACGGUCAUUGAUCCAGCACAGAACUGGCAGGCGGCGGCAAAAUUUAGAAUCAUCUGUCGAUUCAGUCUUUGAAAGACAGUCUUUCUCACUUCCUCUUCCCGGCCUCUUCGAUUUUUAGGUUGUGUCGCUGAGCUAAUUGAACAUUAAAUGAUCAAUAAAGCGAGUAAGGAUGUUAUUAAAUGUAAAUUUCUUAUCAGUGUCGUUUACUAAUAAUAUUAAUAUAUUGAGAGAAUAGAGUGUCGUUUAAUGAACAAUUGAAAGUCGUUUUCCUUUAAUUUUCCCCCUUUUCAACUUCCUCAAACGAUGUCGUUCAACUAAAUGAAUCUCUCUACAUAAUUGCAAUACUUUGGGGAACCUCAUUUUCCCGCUCACCACCUCAGCCUUUCACUCGCACGAUUAAGAGAACCUAUAUUGGUCUUUUCAAUUUCCGCCUAACAUGUACACCUAUUCACUCUGCCUCAUCCGCUCCUCAGAGUAAAUCAUCGCUGACUCCCUUUCACAAUCCCUUUCUGGCUUUCUCACGGUGCAGGUGGAUGAAAAUGGCCUCAACAACACUUCUUCUCUCAUUUAUCAUCUCAUACAUCAACUCAUCAUCUACCUUCAUUGAAAAUUACGAAGUAUGUUACUUCUCAUUCUCAAAUUACUCAAUUUGGAUUGGCUACUGCAACGGAGACGAUGAGUAUGAGUAUAGAUGAAAUUGAAGAUGAAUUGGGAAUAAUAGCAGGGGAAGACGAAGCCAUGGCUGUAGAAAAAGAGAUGUCCCUGCGUUCUUCUUCACGUUCCUGCAGGAAGCGGCCGAAAUUUCAGACCAACUGUCCUGUUCACGGUCGAGACCAACCCGCCUGUUCACCGUCGAAUUGAAUAUCUCCUUCGACCGUCAGGGAUGAGGAUAAGUUUGUACACAAAAAAUGCCUCCAGUCAAAAAAAUUGCUCCAGUCAAGCUCCUCCUAGCUAAUCUUACAACAAAAAGUGAUAAGAGCUCAGCCAUCAUUGUGCGUAUCAUACGAAAGUGGAAUGUGCCAAUGUCUCGGUCUGUUGAGCUUUUGCUCCAAGACGAUCAGGGUUCUACAAUUCAAGCAACCAUAGAAGAGGCACAUGUUCCUAUAUUUGAUGAUCAAAUUGAAGAGGGUAAAAUCUAUGCCAUGGUAAAAUUCACCAUCCAAAGUAAUGUAGGAACGUGGAGGCCAAGCUCUCAUGAUUGUAGGCUCCGCUUCACUGCCACUACGAAAGUAAAGCUGCACGUGAAAGACAACUUUGAUCUUUCUCCUUUCGAGUUUAAAAGCUUCAAAGAUAUCAUGAAUGCACCAAAAGCAAAAACACCUGAUCUGUUUGAUGUUAUUGGAGCUUUUGAUCCAAGAGUAAAACCGAAUCAUAGUCCUACAGUUGACGGAAAAACGAAAUGGUGCAACUUUAAUAUUCGCAACUUAGAGAAUUUGAAGAUACAUUGCACUCUGUGGGAUUCAUAUGCUGAUGCAUUCUUGGAGUAUCUCAAAACACCUAGAUCUGGUGCAGUUGUUGUUUUGCUCCAGCUUUGCCGCUUAAACGCACGAUGGGGUGGCGUUUCAACAUCAUACCAUGCUACAAAGUUGUUAAUCGAUGAAAAUAUCCCAGAAAUUAAAGACUUCCGUGCGAGGUUUUCAAGCUUAAACAUACACUCUAUUCAGUACACCAAUACAGGUUUAUCAGGAGGUACAUCAUCCUAGAAUGAUGGAAGUGAGGUUGGCACUACCAAAAAUUUGUCUGAAUUGGCUACAAUCAAAGAGGUGCGUGGUUGUUGGUUUUAUGCGAAAGUCCAAACAAUAAUAAAUAGAGAGAAUUGGGCUUACCUUAGCUGCUUCAAUCGGAGGUGUUUUAAGAAGGUGACUCACAAAGACGGAAACGAAUUGGUAUGCAAGUGUGGGUUGCGCUCUUCAGAAGGCAUAUGGCUUUAUCUCUUGAAAUUAAGAGUUGAGCAUAAGCAAUGUAGUGCUGAAAUAGUAUUCUGGGAUCGCGAAUGUAAAAGACUGUUUGGAAAAGAUGCAAGUGAAUUUUCUUCUCAUCUUGAUGAGGACACCUUUGGUCCUAAGAGCUGUCCAGAAGAUAUUGAACAGCUGGUUGGUAAUGAGUUUUUGUUUAAGAUUGACUCUGAAGGGCCUUCAACUGUCCAUGGGAAAUCCUACAAUAUAGGGGCUUUGUCUAACAACAAAGAAAAAAUCAACGAGAUCAAAUCAUCUUUUGAUGGUUCAUCAGAUUCAGCGGCAGAGGAGUGCAAUUCAGAUUACGAUCUAGACUUGCUAGAUGACCCUCCAACUCCUGUGGAAUCAAACGUGACACAUAUCUCCAAGGAUAUUGAGGAGGUCGUGAGUACUCCACAAUCAUUGUCUAAGCGACCCUCUGAAGAUGAUAUUGAUUGUGAACUUGAUGUUGGUGCAUCUACUCCACUGACUCGAGGUUCAGCUACUAAGAAGCUCAAAUCGGUCAAGAUAGAGAAACCAUAAAUUAUUAUCCACUUUAAUUUUUUUUUUCACUUUAGGUUUGUUAUUCGUUUUUAGUUCAGCUACUAAGAAGCUCAACUCCAUUGUUCCGAAUUGUUAUGCGUUUCGAGUAUUUUGUUAUGCGUUUCAUCAGAUUGUUAUUUCAACAUUUUUGUUGCUAUUAACAUUAAUUAAGAUUUACUUUAAAACUAUCCUGCC